AUGAAUCUACCACCGGGAUUCAGGUUUUUUCCCACGGACGAAGAACUAGUCGUCCACUUCCUCCAGCGCAAAGCCUCACUCUUGCCUUGUCAUCCUGACGUCAUCCCCGACCUCGAUCUUUACCCUUACGAUCCUUGGGACCUUCCCGGGAAAGCUUUGGGAGAAGGGAGGCAAUGGUACUUCUAUAGUAGAAAGACGCAAGAAAGAGUGACAAGCAAUGGUUAUUGGGGAUCAAUGGGAAUAGACGAGCCAAUCUUCACAAGCUCCACACACAAGAAAGUUGGCAUCAAAAAGUAUUUAACUUUUUAUCUUGGAGAUUCUCAGACUAACUGGAUCAUGCAAGAAUAUUCUCUUCCAGAUUCUUCUUCCUCUAGUCGAUCUUCUAAGAGAUCAAGCCGUGGUUCUAGUCACAAACCCGAUUAUAGCAAGUGGGUGAUAUGCAGGGUGUAUGAACAAAACUGCAGUGAGGAAGAGGAUGAUGAUGGGAUAGAACUCUCAUGUUUGGAUGAAGUGUUUUUGUCUUUAGAUGAUCUUGACGAAGUAAGCUUACCGUGAUAAAGACAUAAGCACCCAUAACCAAAAGGUUUAGUGGGCAACUAUUUCUAAAAUCUCUGUACUAAAAAGAAAAAAAAAAUGUCAAAGGUGAAUGAGAAUGACAUCAUUCUUACAAGUUAUAUGUUGUAAGAUUAGCAAUCCCCAAUUUGCAAGCGAGAAGCAAAAAAAAAAAAAAAAAGGAAGAAGCUAUACUUGCUGUAUUUUAU